CGUCGAGCUCCAUGAAGGUUUCUGUGUGUGCAUUGGGAUGGUUGGCCGCGUCGGCCACUGCCGCGACGUUUCGCGUUCCCAUGACCAAGCUAGAUGAUGCGACGUUUGUUGAGAGGUACCUCCAUGGGCAGCGCCUAAAGGCCCCUGCUGUGUGGGACCCCGCUGGUAUGUCCCUCAGUGACCACGGCAGCGUCGUGAUUGAGGACUAUGGAAAUGCCCAGUACUUUGGCGAAAUCGCGUUGGGCACUCCUGAUCAAAAGUUUAACGUUGUCUUCGACACGGGCUCGAGCAACUUGUGGGUACCCAACAAGCUCUUUGGCACGCACCAUGUGUACAACCACAAGGAAUCGUCCACGUACAAACCGAAUGGAACCGCCUUUCACAUUCAAUACGGAAGUGGGCCGGUGUCGGGGUAUCUUUCACAAGACAAGCUCGCGUUUGGAGGGCUGACUCUCCAGGACCAAUUCUUUGCCGAGAUUAAUGUCACCAAAGGCCUAGGACCGAUGUACUACCUCGGCCACUUCGACGGCAUCUUUGGCCUCGCAUUCGAUUCGAUCUCCGUGGACCACCUCAAGACGCCCUUUCAUCGACUCCUGGAUACGCUGGACCGUCCAGUCUUUGCGUUCUACUUGGGAAACAACCAGCCUGGUGAGCUCACGUUCGGAGAGCUCGACCCGAAGCACUACAAGGGCGAUAUCACGUAUGUCGAGUUGUCGAACGAAACGUACUGGCAGAUUGCAUUGGACAGCAUCAAAGUGGGAAACAGUGAAGUGUCGGGCAAAUCUCAAGCAAUUGUGGACUCUGGUACGUCGUUGUUGGCCGGCCCCAAGGCGCUAGUCAAGUCGCUGGCAAAACAGGCAGGAGCCCAUCCAUUCAUCAUGGGGGAGUAUUUGAUUCAGUGCGACUCGCCUGGGCCGGACAUCAGCUUCACGUUGGGCGGCAAGGUGUUCACGCUGACCAAGCAGGACUACAUCAUCCGCAGCGGCCCCAUCUGCCUCUUUGCGUUUAUCGGCCUCGACAUCCCGAGCGGUCCUCUUUGGAUUCUUGGUGACGUCUUUAUGCGCAAGCACUACACUGUCUUUGAGUGGAAUACCAAAGGCAAGUCGCGCGUCGGUUUUGCCGACGUAGCAUAAAGUCGAUUCACGAUCAUUUUUUUUCUUGCCUUGGCAAGUUCUGCGCCGAAAUGUGUGCUUUGGCUACGGGAAUGGACUCGUAUCGAGCUCAUGGCGAUUUCUCAUCCCAGCACCGGAGGAAGAGUAGAUGAAACAGGAACAACAGUGCGUGUAUUUGGAAGGAGGCACGUAGGAUAAAUACAGCAACUGCCGUCGUUUCUACGACCGCCCGUAGUGAUACUUAAGCGCCAGGUUGAAUUUCGAGACGGCGGCGUCGGGGAGCAAAAGGAACUGCG